GUCGAACAAGUUAGGGAGAAGUUCGGAAACUUAAUUCUCUACAUCAGCUACAUUCGAUAUUCCAUACACUACCCGCUUUUUCACUGUGUUGACUCUCAUAUUUCUCUAUUCUAUUGGAUAACUACUGUAGUAUACACUAAUAAAAUACACCUAACCACAGGUGAUUAAUUUGAGCAAAACUAGAUCUUUAAAAUAAAAAAUGAGAGUUUCUGAGCUCUGUAUAUAAAUCUCUUAAACCCUACCCGUUGUCUUCAUUCUCUCACUGCCUCUUUUCUCACUCACUGUCACUUCCCAAAAACCCUAAUUUCCCUUCUCUGAGAUAUCUAGAAAUGACAUUCUGCAACAAACUUAGCAGUAUUUUGAGACAAGGGGUUUCUCAGAGCUCAAAUGUUCCAGUGACAUCUAUGGUUGGCUCUCUCCGUUACAUGUCCACUAAGCUUUUUGUUGGUGGUCUCUCUUGGGGAACUGAUGACAGCUCCUUAAAGCAAGCUUUCUCUAACUUUGGUGAAGUCACAGAAGCAACGGUGAUUGCUGACAGAGAGACAGGGAGGUCGAGGGGUUUUGGAUUUGUCAGCUUCGACAGUGAAGAUUCUGCUAACACUGCCAUAACAGAAAUGGAUGGAAAGGAGCUGAACGGUAGGAACAUCCGCGUGAACCUUGCAAAUGAAAGACCGAGUGCCCCGAGAUCAUCGUUUGGUGGUGGUGGUGGUUAUGGUGGCGGAGGUGGCUACUAAAACAAACAAGCCAGAGGAUUUGAGAGAGAGAGAGGUGGCCUCUGAACUUUCAGUAGUUAGUUUGUUUUCUCUUUUGUUAACUGCAAACAACCUUAACUGGUUUUGUUAAACUUAUUAAGCCCUGUUUUGGUUGUCUUUCAAUGUAUUGUUGCUCCAUUUUCUGCAGUCUAUUUUGCAUCGAGUUCAUUCGAUGUUUACACUUGGUUCAUUUACACUACCAUUUGUGGUCUUCGGCUUUAUUUGUUUUGUGGAGGUAGAAACUAAUUUCAAACUAUUAA